AUGAGCAAGCCAAAGAAAAACACUAUAGAACAACAAAUAUCAUGCCCUAUCUGCAAAAGAAAAGUUUCAUUUUUCUCUAUUAAUGAUCAUUUAGAUACUUGUACCAAAAAAUCAUUAAGUAUAUCUCCUAUCUCCUCUACACAAUCCACUAUAACUAGUAUGUUUAAUAAAAAUUCUAAAAGAAAUAGAGAAGAAGUUAUUGAUUUAGAUGAUGACAAUCAAUCAGAAUUAGAACAAACUAAUAAACUUAAUACAUCUUUGAAAUCAUCCAAAGAUAAGGAUAAUGAUAUCGAAAUUAUUAAAAGGGAGCCCCUAAAUUCUCAUUCAGUAUUGAAAUCUGAAAAUACAUCUUUUAAACCAGCAACUAUAAAUACAAACACAUAUACAAACACAAAUACAAAUGAUUAUGAACUUCGAUAUCUUCAAAAAAUUAGUCACUUACCAUUAAGUGAAAAAAUUAGACCACAUGAAUUAAGAGAUUAUGUGGGGCAACAACAUAUUCUAUCAAGAGAUAAUGGGACUUUGUACAAAUAUAUUCAACAGGGAGCUAUACCUUCGAUGAUUCUAUGGGGUCCACCAGGUGUUGGAAAGACCUCUUUAGCAAGAUUAAUGGUAAAGACGGCUACUGAAAAAAGUGAAAAUAAUAUUAAAUAUCAAUUAAUUGAAACAAGUGCUACAAAGGCAAAUACACAAGAAUUAAGAGGUAUAUUUGAAAAAAGUAAAAAAGAAUUUAAAUUAACAAGGAGGAUCGUUGUAUUGUUCAUUGAUGAGAUUCAUCGUUUUAAUAAAGCUCAACAAGAUUUACUAUUACCUCAUGUUGAAAAUGGUGAUAUUAUAUUAAUUGGUGCCACUACUGAAAAUCCAAGUUUCCAAUUAAAUAAUGCAUUAAUUAGUCGUUGUCAUAUUUUUGUAUUAGAAAAAUUAAGUGUAAAUGAGAUUUGUAUUGUUUUAUCAAGGGGGAUUGCCAUGUUAAAUAAAUUACGUAGUAAGAUUUGGAAAUUUCCAACACCAUUAAAGUUAAAGAGAGAAAUAUUGGAAUAUAUUGUUAAUCUUUCUAUAGGAGAUACAAGAAGAGCAUUAAAUUUAUUAGAGAUGGUGGAAAUUGCUACAAGAGAUGAAAAAUUUAUUGAAAAUUUUAACAAGGAUAAUAAUAAAGAAGUAACUGACUCAAAGAUUAAAGAAGAAACAAAGAGUGAAGAAAAAGCUAAAAGUGAAGAUGAAGUAAAAAGUGACGAAGAAACAAAUGAAGAAAAUAAAGAUAUUAUCAAAGUAGAAGAAGUAGAUCAUGAAAAAAUUGCUCCUAAAAUGUUUACUGAUAAUGAAAUUACUAUAGAAAUGAUUAAAAAUAUUAUUAAAAGAAACAAUACAAGUGAUUUUGGAUUAACCACAUAUUAUGAUACUAAAAGUGAUAAUCAUUAUGAUACAAUAUCAGCAUUUCAUAAAGCUAUCCGUGGUAGUGAUGAUAAUGCUUCAUUAUAUUAUUUAGGCCGAAUGUUACAAGGUGGAGAAGAUCCCUUAUAUAUUGCACGUCGAAUGAUACGAAUUGCCAGUGAAGAUAUUGGUAUCAUUGAUAAUUCUUUACUUACGCUUGCCAUUUCCACACAUGAUACAGUGAUGAAGAUUGGUAUGCCCGAAGCUGAUAUGGCAUUAGUACAUUGCUGUGUUGCAUUAGCACGAUCACCAAAAUCAGUUGAAAUUUAUAGAGGCUGGAAUAAAUUAAAGGAAUUAUUAAACGAAAAUUUAUACUCAAUGUCAAGUAGUGAAAUUCCCAUGCACAUUAGAAAUGCCCCUACUGAAUUGAUGAAAGAUUUAGGAUAUCAUAAAGGUUAUAAAUAUAAUCCAAAUUAUAAAGAUGGUCUUGUCAAGCAAGAAUAUUUCCCACAAGAAGUACUUGAUUUAAUACCUAAUCGAGACGUUCUAAAAUUUUUAAAUGGGAAACAUCUUGGGGACAAAGUGGAUCCAGAUCUUCAACAAAAUGGAUAUUCCUAA